GACGCAUUCCAGCCAAUCAGAUUCGGGCAAUUGCCUCGGCCAGCGAGCUGUAAUUUGUGCGGUACGAUCUGAGUAACGGCAACGCAUUCGGAAAGCGCGGAGGUGGAGGACGUUCAUCUCCGACCUCCUUUUGGCUGGUUGCGAAAAACAUUGGCGCUUGACCAACAAAAGCCGCGCUGGACCACUUCUUUCUCGCAUCGUCGAGGUGCUCGUGUCUUCUUCUUCACACCUUUCUUCGUCGUUCCUUUGGCUUCAGCUGCCACGUCUCAAUACGCGCUGUUUGGUCCACACCAACAGUCCUUCAACGCAGCCUUCUCCUCCAAGAGCCGACUGUCCAUAGGUCUCGUUCGCCUGCGUCGAUUCUCGCACACUACACACAAUGGGUCUUGAAUGGCUUGAGGUCGGCGCCCCGACGCUGGACCGCCCCUUCGGUGUCGCGCUGUGGCCUAUCUUUGAGAAGGCUUUCGAGCCAAUCGUUGGCUACAAGCCUCAGGACUUCCGCUUCGUGCCCGGCGAGACACCCCUCUCGACGUUCAAGACAUGUGCUGCCUUCCUUGUCACAUACUACAUUGUCAUCUUCGGCGGUCGCGAGCUGAUGCGCGGACGUGAGCCUUUCAAGCUCAACUUCUUGUUUAAGGUCCACAACUUUUACCUUACCGCCAUUAGCGGUAUCCUCCUCGCGCUCUUCGCUGAGCAGCUGAUCCCCACGGUUGUCCGUCAUGGUCUUUUCUACGCGAUUUGCGAUCACAACGGUGGCUGGACAGACAAGCUGGUUAUUCUGUACUACCUCAACUACCUCACCAAAUUUGUCGAGUUAAUUGACACAUGCUUCCUUUUCCUCAAGAAGAAGCCACUGACCUUCCUCCACACCUACCACCAUGGCGCGACUGCUAUGCUCUGCUACUCCCAGCUUAUCGGCCACACCCCCGUUUCCUGGCCUGUCAUCACGCUGAACCUGGCUGUUCACGUCGUCAUGUACUGGUACUACUUCCAGAGCGCGCGCGGCAUCCGUAUCUGGUGGAAGAAGUACAUCACCGUUGGCCAGAUCACCCAAUUCGUCCUUGAUCUUGGCUUCAUCUACUUUGCCUCGUGGACUUAUUUCACCAGCACCUACUUCCCCGAGCUGCCCAACUUGGGCAAGUGCGCUGGCGAGGAGUUCGCCGCCAUUUCCGGCAUGGUCAUCAUCACUUCGUACCUUUUCCUCUUCAUCGGCUUUUACCUGGCUACAUAUAAGAAGCCAGUGCCCAAGGGCCGCCGCAGGGCUACAAGCGCUUUGGUUGAGAUGAAGGACGAGAAGGUACCGACAGUUGGUGAAGCCCGCAGGCGUCUUUCCACUUCUCGUCCUGCCUCCAUCCUGUCUAACGGUGCCGCCACAGGUGCUUCGCCCAGUGGAACACCCAGUGGUCGCACUACCCGGAGUCGCAAGGCCUAGUUUGGCCGUGUGCUAAAUGAUCCAUAGCUGAGCACCAGGCUGUGAAAGCGACUUCAGAGCGACUGGAUAGUUUUCCAAACGAGCGCGCCGGGUAACGAUUGCACGGCGGCUCUUCGCGUCCAUUUGAAGCUACGACUCGAGGUCUCGCAGCCGCGCGCACUGAGUGCGAUACUGCACGCUCCACGAAUCGUGCUCCAUCUUCAUUCUUCGGCACAGCGCAGUCUGAGAGGCUGCAAUUUUGUAUUUUAUUGUAAUUGUCACGGUGUGGGGUUGCUCACUUAACGGCACCUCCUGUCACGAAAAGUCGCAACGUACGUUACAUGCAUGUAAGACCAAAGGGUCGGGCUCACGACUGUCUUACUGGUGGUGUUGGUUUGGGUUUUUCUGCUCUGUAAUUAUCAUGUAGAAUAGAGGAGUGAAGUGUAAUGCAUGACCAGCGACAUAUCUAUUGCAUUCACUGCCA